AUGAAGCUCUCUUCUAUCUUCCUUACAGUUUCUGCAUUGGCCACAACUGGUCUCGCCGAGAAGACGUGCACUCCUAGCUUUGAUUAUUGCUCCGAUGUCCUGAUCAAAGACAAAGGUAAAUUGUCCACUGUCAAGUAUCGCUGUGUCAAACUAAUCGAAGAGAUGUUAGGCUUCACCGAGGCCGAUCUGAAAGAUGUUUUGAAGGGUUCGGAUCUAGAAAAUGAGGAUAUUAAGAAUGUUCUAUUCCAUUGCAAGAACCCGGGCGACGUUGGACACCCCAAGCUCUGCUCGAGCGGAUGCAAAGAUCCAGAGUCAGAGGGUAGCCAUUCAUGCUCAAGCUAA